CACAAAUAAUUGCGGGUGAAACUUAAUUUUUUUUCCCAGCAACGUGUUCCUCUGCUUGGAAGCCGGCUGGAAAGAUGGCGGGAGCAACGCAAACAGAACGCGACACGGUUGCGGUGCUGGUGACGUAACUCGAAAGCGACUCACAAAAGUGGGAGAUUCGAAGUGGCUGGCUGCAGCAAAAACAAAGCGGAUUUGAACUUUAAUUGUGUCCAACGGCCUCAUCUGAUGCACUGACACACAGUGUUGGAGACUUGUACUUCCCUUACCUAUGGCCACCCCGAGCAAGACGCCGCCUGGCGCCGACCCGAAGCAGCUGGAGCGGACUGGGACGGUCCGGGAGAUCGGCUCGCAGGCGGUGUGGUCCCUGUCCUCCUGUAAACCGGGUUUCGGAGUUGAUCAGCUGAGGGACGAUAACCUGGAAACGUACUGGCAGUCGGACGGGUCCCAGCCCCAUCUCGUCAACAUCCAGUUCAGGAGGAGGACGACGGUGAAGAUGCUGUGUAUUUACGCUGACUAUAAAUCAGACGAGAGCUACACGCCCAGUAAGAUCUCCGUCCGAGUGGGAAACAACUUCCACAACUUGCAGGAGAUCCGGCAGUUGGAGAUGGUGGAGCCGAGCGGUUGGAUUCACAUCUCUCUGAUGAAUCAGCGGACCAACGAGCCGAUCAGCACCUUCAUGAUCCAGAUCGCGGUGCUGGCCAACCACCAGAACGGCCGAGACACGCACAUGCGGCAGAUCAAGGUCUACACGCCGGUGGAGGAGAGCUCCAUCGGGAAGUUCCCACGAUGCACCACGGUCGACUUCAUGAUGUACCGCACCAUCAGGUGACCCGGACCAUCAGGUGACCCGCCAGAGCUCCGGGAACGCAGCUCGCCACGACACGCUAUACGGAGUAUAGUGGCUCAGACAACCACACUGUAAAACAUCCACACUGUCCCUUUAAGGUUUUUUUUUGUAUUGUUUUUUAAAUAAAGUUGCCAAUAUUAAAUGUAACUACAUUUAAAGAUGUAAACAAUUUUUUUUUUUGCUUUUUCGGAAGAUUUUGUCGAUUUACCAGAAGUUUUUCUCGCUUUUUCGGAAGGUUUCGUCACUUUUUACCCUCAAUUUUUUCCAACAUUUUUCUCUCCUUUCCCGAUUUUUUUUUCUCACUUUUUAAGAAGUUUGUCGCUUAUGGUCACUUUUUUUUUUUUCAAACAUUUGUUGCUUUUUCUGAAAUUUUUCUCCCUUUAUCCGAAGUUUUUGUCGCUUUUUCGGAAGGUUUCGUCACUUUUGUCCCUUUUCUUUUGAACGUUUUGUCGCUUUUUCCUUUGAUUGUUCCUUUGAACGUUGAAAUAAACCUGUUUCAAAGCAACGUGGCUGCCACCGUGUGACUGUUGAAUGAAACAAAAAAAUAAACGGUAUAAACUCACCACAACAUGCUAACACGCUGACUAUACGGAGAAGUGGCUCAGACAACCACACUGUAAAAACAUCCACACUGUCCCUUUAAGGUUUUUUUUUUGUAUUGUUUUUUAAAUAAAGUUGCCAAUAUUAAAUGUAACUACAUUUAAAGAUGUUAAUAAUGGGACAGUGUACGUUUAUAUGUGGUGCGGUUGUUGUGAGUUCAGCUCUGGCAGCUUGACCUGGUUUUAGUCUCUUCUUCUCAAGUUUUUCCAUUACAGUCACUUUUUCCUCUAGCUUUCUGUCAAUUUUUUUUUAAGUUUUUCCAACAUUUCUGUCCCUUUUUCAGAUUAUUUUUCAAGCUUUUGUCAAUUUUACUAAUGUUUUUAUCGCUUUUUCGGAAGGUUACGUCACUUUUGUCCCUUUAUUUUCUAUGAUAGUUUGUGAACGUUGAAUUAAAUGUUUCUAAGCAACAUGGCUGUCAGUGUGUGACUCUGUCGUUGACCUGGUUUUAGUCUCUUCUUCUCAAGUUUAAAAAAAAAAAAAAAAAAAAAACGGUAUAAACUCGCCACGACAUGCUAACACACGCUGACUAUACGGAGAAGUAGCUCAGACAACCACACUGUAAAAACAUCCACACUGUCCUUAAAAGUAUUGUUUUUUUAAAUAAAGUUGCCAACAUUAAAUUCAACCACAUUUAAAGAUGUAAACUAAAUUUCUUUUGCUUUUUCUGAAGUUUUAGUCACUUUUUCGGAAAUUUUUCCAACACUUGUCGCUUUUACCAAUGUUUUUCUGAAGUUUUCGUCAUUUUUGUCGACACUUUUGAACGUUUUUUCAACAUUUGUCGCUUUUUAAAAAAAAUUGUCAACGCAUUUCUUGAAGUUUUCGGCACUUUUUCCUGUGAUUGUUUGUGAACGUUGAUAUAAUUAAACCUGUUUCAAAGCAACGUGGCUGCCACAGUGUGACUGUUGUUGAAUGAAAUAAAAAAACGGUUUAGAGAA